CCCUAAUGGUGUUCUCGUUACCAGCGGAGAGCGGCGAGAAGAUCGGUUUGGGGAUUAACUCUAUGUUGGCCAUGAUGGUGUUCCUGAUGGCCAUGACGGAGAACCUCCCUCCCACCGAGAACCUCCCUCUGGCGGGUGUGUACUAUGGUGCCUGCAUCUCCAUGAUAACCAUGAACAUCGCGCUCUCCGUCACCGUCCUCAACCUGAACGUGAUGGGACUGAGAGGCUACCAAGUACCCGAUGUCCUCAAGAUUGUGACGCUCUUCGUGGCCAAGGUUAUCGUUGUGAGGAUCCCCAUUAUCGUCAGAGAGUCCUGGGGCCUCGAAGACAAUGUCACCGUGACGGUCACUCCGGAGCAGAAUAUCAACGAGACUAUCAACGUUGACGGCAGCUUGGUGAAGGUGUUUACGGUGCAGCCCCAGAAGCCUAGUGAAUUUCCCAAAAAGGAGCCUGAGAAGAAACACCUGGAUGACGACUUAGACUCUCUACAGCUGACAGAUCCUUUCCAACGGAAGGCUAUCGCUGCUCUGGAAUCCAUUAACCGAAUUCUAACUCGGGAAGAGACGGAGAGGAAUAAGGUAAAUAAGAAGAGCAACCUGGUGGAGCAAUGGAAAUUUGUGUCUCGCGUGAUGGACCGCACACUCUUCAUCAGCUUCACCAUCAUCACCUUCUCUUUCAACGUCGCCAUUCUCACCUCCUCGCCUUUCAGACAAAGUUUUGCCUACUGUCCCCUAGGGGAAAACGGAGAGUGUGACGACCUCACCUGGCAGGAUAUUACCGAAUUGACCAACCACGCUGCUUCUGGGACUCACUUUGCACAGGGGGAUCAGGAAGAUAGUCCUUGGGGUGGAGCUCACGGGGCAGCCUCAUCGGCUCACCUGGCUGCGGGUGAAAACGACAUGAAAAACAUACUCCUGAGCCCAGAGGUUGCCUAUGACGGCUUCGAUGACCCGCUUCCACAGCAUGAUUACGGUGGUGGGGAUCACGGGGCAGCCUCAUCGGCUCACCUGGCUGCAGGUGAAAACGACAUAAAAAACAUACUCCUGAGCCCAGAGGUUGCCUAUGACGGCUUCGAUGACCCGCUUCCACAGCAUGACCACGGUGGUGGUACCUACAGCACCAUGCCCAGAAAGCAGGCUCAUGGCGCACUUGCUUCAUCUGCGAUAAUUGAGCUUCAUAAAGUUGAGAACCAAGUGGAACACAAAGACCAAGUUGAAGACCACAGUUCAACCUUAAUCACCAGAGGCCACCCUAACGGUGGCUGAUUAAUGGCUUCGCAUCUUUAAUUCAUCAUGUUCUUAGAUUUUACACUAUUGACUAGGAAGUGACAUUCAAUUAUUCAGGUGAAACUUAAAUACGAAGAAUGCUUCUUUUUGGUAUCUGGGCUUAUCAGUGGAUGUCGCAAGUUAUUUCAAUUUAUUUUAUUGCUCGAAACAAUUUACAUGUAAAGUUUUGUCUCAAGUUUUAGUUUAUGUUUUCCACUCAGUACUGGCGAGUCUAGAAAUCUGAAUGUUAGACUGUGGUGCACGUGUCUAACAAUACUCAUUAUGAAGGGGCUCUAAUACUCAUUAUCUCCACGUGUCAUGGUAUUUUUUAUAAAAUUGAAAAUGCUUUUCAUAAGUGUUGUGAUGCACUUAACUUUAAGAGAUAAUGUAGUAGAUACUUCUUGCUAUGACCCUGACAAAUGUAGGUAUUGUAGUAGGCAGCUCCCAAACAGGGAGGUACUACCGCCUGGGAAGAUAUUGGAAGCAAAAUGUGUUGUCUAAUGGUAGACCCUGCUGCCAUAUGUGACCAAGUUCCAGGUUGA